AUGACGACUGCAACCGAUCCCGUCGCUCCGGCUGGCGCCUUUGACGCCCAAUUCUCGAAGCACUGGUCCACGGCUGUGGCUGGCUUCGUUUUCGUCGUGUUUGCAUUGCUGGCACAGAGCUGGUUCACAGUUGACCCCCUGGCCAAUGUGCCGUUUGUGGGUAAGGGAGGACGAUGGGCUCGGAGGAAGCAAUUCAUACAGGGCAAAGGGUACCAGCUUUACAUUGAUGGCUACAGGCAGGUUAGUUGGACUUGA